AUGCACCGAGCAGCACCGCACCGCACCGCACCGCACCGCACCGAGCAUCUGUUUGUGAGUGGCCGGCUGACAUCAUCCUCACAACGCGGCACGCGCAGGCUGCCCCCCGAAUCGCCCGUGUCGGCAAUCGACUCCUCAGUCACGCACUCCCUCUGUCCCUCCGUCCCUCCCUCACGGUGGAUGAACGAACAACACCCUCUGUGCGGCAAAGCAAGUGCAAUUCUUGACAUGAAAAUGAUGAAAGCCCAAGCCCAAGCCCAGCCCGGCCCAGCCCAACCUACGCACCCCCCGCCGUUCCAGCCGAUGGCCCCCUCCUCCGUGGCAUCCGAGUCCAAUAGCCGCCCGAGAGCGAAAAGCGCUGCCCUUGACGGGGUUCGCGACCCACAUCCCGCCGCGGAGAUUUUGGCUGCCAAUGAGGUGCCGGCCUGGCUCAGGUCGAGCCCAGAUCGAGUGCGCGCAGGCAAAAAGGAACGAGGCGGCUUUUUUCUUCAGUCAUUUGGGAUGUUGGGACGCACCGAUCCUGCUUAG